AUGUCAGUGUGUGUAAGGACCGGAUUCUACCGCCAAGAGAUCAACAAAACAGUUUGGGAUGUACCGGAAAGAUAUCGAGAUCUCGUCCAGGUGGGCACCGGCGCGUACGGGACGGUUUGCUCUGCCAUCGACAGGAAGACAGGUAUACGUGUUGCUAUCAAGAAACUGCAUCGCCCCUUCCAGUCUCGGCUCUUUGCCAAGCGAGCUUACAGAGAACUGCGACUGGUCAAACACAUGAAGCAUGAGAAUGUCAUUGGACUGUUGGAUGUCUUCACAGCUGAACUUUCCCUGGACCGGUUCCGCGACUUUUAUUUGGUGAUGCCAUUUAUGGGCACUGACCUUGGGAAGCUUAUGAAGAUGGAAAGAUUGUCCGAAGAUAGAGUACAGUUCCUUGUAUAUCAAAUGCUCAGAGGGCUGAAGUAUAUUCAUUCAGCUGGGAUCAUUCACAGGGAUCUAAAACCAGGCAACUUGGCUGUGAAUCAAAACUGUGAGCUUAAGAUUUUGGAUUUUGGCCUGGCCAGGCAGGCAGACUCAGAGAUGACGGGUUAUGUGGUCACCAGGUGGUACAGAGCACCUGAAGUCAUCCUGAACUGGAUGCACUACACACAGACAGUUGACAUCUGGUCGGUCGGUUGUAUCAUGGCAGAGAUGCUUUACGGGAAGCCACUGUUCAAAGGAAACGAUCAUUUGGACCAGCUGAGAGAAAUUAUGAAAAUCACAGGGACGCCAACACAGGACUUUGUCACAAAACUUCAGAGUCAGGAUGCCAAAAACUACCUAAGAAGUUUGCCUAAAGUGCCAAAGAAGGACUUGCAGUCUAUUUUCUUAAAGUCCAGCUCAGAUGUGGUGAGUGCCAUGGACAAGAUGCUUGUAUUGGACCCUGACAAGCGUGUGAGUGCCUCUAAGGCUCUGGAGCUUCCCAUGUUUGCUGACUUUCGAGAACCUGAGGAAGAGACAGAGGCUUUACCGUACGACCACUCCAUGGAUAACGCCGACCUGCCGCUCGAGCAGUGGAAACGUCACACAUUUACAGAGAUACUGUCGUUCCAGCCGCCGCUCAUAGAACUUAUAGACUCCAAACACACCACUCUCUGA